UUGUGAAUUGACCCGAGAAAAUUUGACAGCUUAUAUGAAAAGUGAAAAUACAGGAAGUACUCUUGACCUCAACAAUGCAGAUGAAAUUCACCUGAACAACGCUUUGCUCGCACCAAUUUUUUUCUGUGGAAAGACACUUCUAACCAAAGGCAAUAAGUGCCCGCAAAUGAAGGAGAAAAAUUUCAUUUGGAUCUCGCUUGCCUUAAGCACUUUCUUCUGGCAAGUGACGGUGACCAAUUCACGGACAUCGACUCUGUGGAAACUGAAUCCUGACGUUGGGAAAAUUACAGGAUUCGUAGAGGAUGUGAGGGAAACGUCAGCCGUGUUGUCGACGACGCCGGUUGGGAUAAAUGAAGAUGAAGUUUUCAACAUCAUCACAUCAACCGUCGUUGCUCAUGGAGCGACCUGGAGUAAACACUCGAUGGAGAAGAGUUACGACGAGUUCUAUGAGAGGCGAAAGACAAAGUCGUUCAUUUCGGAUAUGCCAGAAAAGCUCGCGCAAACGGCAGUUACUACUAAAAAGACUUCCGACUACAAUGACGGCCCCCUGGACUGCGGGAAACCUGUGAAUUACACCUACUACGACUAUCUGAUUGGAGUGUCGCAGAGGUUCAACCACCCGGUGAUUCCCGACCCAGAGGCAGCUUACGCGUUUUUGAAAAAUAAAGACGAAAAGUCAUUUAGGAAUUUCGAUGUUGCGUCGCUGGAGAAGAGACUGAGACGUGCUAAAAAGGAGAAACCGAAAUCUGUCCAUUUGUUCAAUCAGAUCGGUAACUAUUGGCGAAUAAAGGGCGAUGCUCGGCAAGCCAUUGAAUGCUUUCGACGUGCCUUAGCCAUAUCCCCGACGAAUGCAGAAGUGCUGCUGAAUUUGGCGCGGGUACUGUUCAAUUUACAGUAUUUAGACGAUGCCAUUCAUUUGACUAGGAGAUCUCUUGAAGUUCAUCCACCAGAUCGUAGCGCGUGGCAACAGUAUUUUACUUUGGGUGAAAUUUUCAAGGCAUACGGGCAUUUUCACGAAGCGUUGCAGAACUUUCAACAAGCCUCCUUGCUAUUUCCUCAGCACGAACCUAUUUUAAAAGCUUUGCGUGAAUUUGAGCCGACACCUACAUCAUCGCUGCACGUCUACACUAUAUUUAUAAUAGUCGCUUUGGUACUAGCCGUUUUUAUUGUAAUCAUCACAUCCAAUGACAAUUCGGAUUCAAAUAAUUUUCAAUCCGAAUUUGAACCAAAGAUGCAAAGACAUUUCAAUCGAGCGAUGGCCAUGCGCUCAUUGAAAGGAUUCUCCUCGCGAAGCUUUAAACAUCAUCGGAAAUACUAAAUUGUUUAAAUUGAAAUAUUUCAAAAGCAUAUAAUAUUUAUCCCAAAAAGCAAUGAGAAUGGAGCAACAAUUGGUUAAGAGGAAGCGAACUCGGAACAGCAUUAAGGUGGAAAAUGUUUAGUGAGUCGAAGAUCAGGAAUAAUUUUUAUCUUAUUGGUUGUACAUAGUCUGCUAUAUUUGACACUGUAAAUUUUUCAAUGUGAUAAUUUAUUAUAAUAAUUUCUCAUCGAUUAUUGGUAAUUAGAAAGGGAGAGGGAAAACGUAGGAGUAUGAAAAUCGACAAGAGAAAAAUCAAUGGGCGGGAACUGAAUACUCGAAAUUAAACGGCGAGCCAUCAAGUAAAAUGUAGUUUGAUUAAGGCGGAAUCAACACAUAUGAACAAAUUAUCAGACUUCAAUGAAGUUUUGCUUUUGUUUUUCAUUAUUAUUAUUAUUGUCUACUCGAUAGGCAAACGAAUUGUUUAAGAUUGUUAUAUGCCUUGACGCCACUGAUAUUUGAUUUUCAUGAAGUUCUAUUUAAAAUUCACGGAGAUCGACAAUGUGCAAGUACUUAAAAUCAAGAGGAUGCAUUACUUUGCGCGCUUCUCAGUUUUGUUUGACUAAGAAUUAGUGCUUCUGGUAAAAAAUGAGUUCUCAUAUCAUCGUGUUUUUAUCUAUUGAACGUUGAAAUUGAUACUUUGUCAUAGAACGGAGAUUAUAUUGCUACGAAUUUGAGUUGUUUCAAUCAAACCUUGCUUAAAGGGUUCUCUAGCGCAAGUUCAAGAAUAUUUCCUGAUGAAAUUCGUUGAUUCUUAUCACUAGUUCUUACCUUCGGAAAUGUGGCGGCAUUAGAAGUAAAGAUAGCCUUAAAGCCAAAAACAUUGGGAAUUAUCAUUAGGUUUAAGUACAUUUGUGAUCCAAAAGUAAUGCUCCCCUUAUUACUUUACUUAACUUUAGUUGCCAUACACGGUUCUUGUUUGAAAUUAAACAAAACACUCAUCAGUCAUGUAAUUAUUUAUUAAUUACUCACGGCUUAUCACAUGAAUAUUUAUUUUCGUUUACAUACGUACCAAAGAGCACAUAAUUUCGUAUCUCAUGUUUAAUUUUAAUUUAGUUUAUUUUAUUUCGUGUUUCGUUUCGGUAAGAAUUUCCGUUAUAACUGAAUGACACCGACGACAACCAGUUAUGUGAAUGCACAUGGGAAUAAUUGAAAUGGUAUCCAAUUUGGUUCAGUAAAGCCUCGCUUUCAGUAAAGAUUUAAUGAAAUAAUGACUAGUUUAGUAACAGCAAAGAAAAUAAUGUUUGCAAUGCGUUACGUUCUCUCGUGUUUGUUCAAUAUGAAAAACUGCAGGAUGCAAGCUUUCUGUUAAUUCAAAAAGAUAAAAAUACUGCAUACAUUGAAACUUGAGUAAAAUAAUGUACUUCAAUAUAGGGUUUUGAAUUCCUUAGAACUGGAUAAAAUGUUUUCCGACAUAAUUAUGCUCAAUUUGAUAAUUGAAUUUGAUCAAUAGAUACCUAUUUCCAUUAUAUAUUUCAACAAGUUGAAUUUUACAUUUGAAACGAGACGAGAAAAUAUGGUGAUAAUGAAGAAAUGGAUGUAUAACACAAAAAAGAAAAAAAAGAAUAAAUGCGGCAGAUAUUUUCUUUCGUUUUGAGCAAAAAUUAAA